CUACCCCUUCAAGUUGUAGCUUUCAAGUUAACAAUUUAAAGUCAGGUUAUUUUAGUUUGUAUGAACGUCAUUACAAAUUUUAACAAUGCCAUGUUCAAACGUUCUCACUGUUUUUGUAUUUUUGUGUAUUGUUCUUGACAUUGCCAAAGCGGGUGAUUGUGAAGUGUGUGUUGGGUUCUUGGAGAGGCUGUACCAGGGUCUAAAGACUAGCCAUGAGGAACUGACCCCUGCCAGUGUGGAGACAGGUCUACAGAGGGCAUGUGAGGAAGCAGAGGGCAAAGAGAGCAGAUUGUGUUACUAUUUGGGUGCCACCAGGGAUGCGGCAACAAAGAUCACUGGGGAAGUGGCCCGCCCUAUGAGUUCCCACGUACCCGUAGGGAAGAUCUGCGAGAGGCUUCAGAAGAAGGACAGCCAGAUCUGUGAGCUUGUAUAUGAGAAGCAGACGAUAGACGUUAGCACAGCGACUCUGUUCAAAUCGAGGGUGACAGAGCUGAAGAACAUCCUUAACUCGUGGGGGGAGGAGUGCAGAGCCUGCUUUGAGAAAACUGACUUUGUGAACCUCAUCCAGGAGGUGGCGCCAAAGCACACAAAAAAACAUGGACGUGAACCGGCAGACUUGUGAGACAAGUUGACCUAAACCUAAAGUGAUCUUAUUUACACAAAUAAGCCUGCUGAUAUGUAAGUAAUGAAUACAUGACAUUAUAUUUUUUUUUACAAAAGAUGGACAUUCAUGCUAUCCAUGCAGUGCACAAACCUAAUCAACUGAUAAUUUAUGUUAACUUGCAGCAGAAAUAGUUUGUUUCAAGCAGUAAUUGGCCGGCAAUAUUUUUAAAAAUAUUAACUUAUUAAUCCAAAGCAAGUUCAUGGGAUCACUCAGUAUCUCAGGGUCAACCCAGAACAAUGGGUUAGAAAAAAAAGAAAAAGAAAUAAUAAUAUCUUUUAUUUUCAUUCAAUAUUUCUGUCAAUCUUGCAGUAAAGUUGUGUGUGGAUUUUACAUAAUCACAGUAUUGCAUAUGUUGUAUACUAGCACCUUGAAGAUCUAUAGUACUCUUGUAGAGAGUAAGAGAACACUGAAUACUAUGCAGAUAGUCAAAUGCCAAAGAGCUGUGCUCUUAUUUGAGCCCAUCAGGUUUGAAACAGAGGUGUGUAGAUCUGAAGAAUCCAAUAACUACAUUCAGCAAAAAUCAACAUUUUUAGUUUAAAAGGUUAAGAGGUUAAAACAUCCGAAGCCAUAUCCAUAUUGCCUUCAUCUAUGAAAUGGUGUUGUAUGACGAUGGCAAUCAUAUAGCUCACACACAUCAUAUUUGCAUUUUUGAGCCUUGACUAAAAUAUUGAGUGCCAUUUUUCCUGAAUGUAGUGCCAGACAUAGAUUUUGCCAUGAGGGAUAUUCUCCUAUAAAAUAAAUACAUAGAUAUAAUUAAUUAUAUUAAAUUAAUUAGACUCAUCCAUAGUUUGCUCAUGUACUGAGUGCAGUCCUUAGAAAUCUCUAUUGCCUCUUUUAAAGUCCAUUAUGUUGGCAUUUCACAAAUGACAAUCAUCUUUGUGUAGGUUUUUACUCCAUUAAUUAUACACAGACGAUAAUGUGAUUUAAUCCAUUAUCAUAAACAUCUGCUUCCAUGAUGUAAGUAGCUGAAAAUGCAAAAUGCUGGUGUGUUCAGAAGUUCACUUAUGAGAAAUUGUAUAUUUGAAUGCCCUAAAAUGUAAAUGAAGAGGCAGUAAUUACAAAAAGUGUAAUUUAAUACCUUCAUUGCUGUGCAUCUCAUAAGUUUAAUACAAUUAAUUGCCAAACGAUGUGCAAUGUUUUUGUGAUAUCUUAAUAAAUAAUCACUGAGAAAAUGCAAUGCUUUAUAAGUAAUGAUAACAUAAGACCUAUGAAUUGUGGCAUUUAUUAAGGAAUUAUAUCAUGAAGGCUUUAGGAAUGUAAUUUGUACACCUUGAAAUGAAAUGUCACCAUUAUGUAUUAUGUAACUUAUGUGUAUUGGCAUUGUCAGGAAAGACUAAAAGCUUGUCAGUCGUGUA